AUGGAGCUCCAGAUGUGGGAUGAACUGAAUCCUUCGGUUUUCCUUCCCCCGUUGCAAAUUUUAAAACAUUUUUUGUUCUUAUUCCUUCUUUUCUCCGUUAUCUGCUGUCUGCGCCGGGAGCGUGCUUGUUUUUUUUUACAGUAUUCAAUCGGGUUUCAAGCUUUCAUCCUCGGUUCUUCCUUCCUGUUGGCUCAGGGCCAAACCACCAUCUUUUACGACAUCUCGAUCCUGACGAACCCACCAGAGACGUUAGAAGGGCGGACGGUCAACCUGAGCCUCAAACACAAACCGGCCAAUUUUGCGUUCUGCAAUUGGUACCGAGCGCUCGACACGAAAGAACACGUGAUCGUCACGCACUACCUACCGCCACUCGCUGGGAACACGACAGGGCCUUCCUACACCGGGCGUGAAGUUGCGGGCUUCGGCUGCUCUCUGCUCAUUCAAAAGCUAACUUUGAAUGACUCCGGAGACUACGUGGUGACCAUGAAUGGACCUUCGGUGCAAGGGAAAGGCAAUGUAAAGAUACAAGUCUUAGAAAAACUCUCAAAGCCAAUCUUGCGGCCUUCGGAGUCCCUUGUGCCUGAGAACACACGUUUCACGCUGAAUUGUAGCACCUCCAAUAGUUCCACGGUGAGCGUCACCUGGUCCAAGGACACUAAACCUUUCCCAACAAAUGUAGAAUUUGACCAUGGAAAACGAAUCCUCACGCUGCGGAAUUUCCAACAAUCGGACGCAGGGAAAUAUACUUGUACAGCCCAGAAUCUUUUCAGCGCUGCCACGAGCAACCCCAGCAUACUUACACUGGCAUACGGACCCAGGUCUGCUCAGUUGAACCAGUCAGGAAUCAUAGUUCAACCGUUGGGUUCCGAAUUGGUUCUCCAGUGUUCUGCGGAAUCCGUGCCUCCGGCCACGUUUGAGUGGUUCUUCAAUAACACGGUCAAGAAUGGGACAGAUGACACGCUCAAUCUUCACUUGAAGGACUGGGGAGAAGAAGGCAAUUACAGCUGCCAGGCCACGAACCCCUUCACCAAGCGUACCACUUCGGCCUCUGUCUAUGUGAAAUUGACAGAUGAGAGUGCGAUUCAGCCCCGCAUGUCGGUUGCAGUCAUUGCUGGGACAACUAUCGGUUCUGUGGCCGGAGUGAUGCUUUGCGUAAUCGUUGUGUACCUCCUGUGGACCAAGGCUUCCUGUUGGAAGGCGGAACAGCAAGUAUCCAAUGGAAACAUACCCUCGGCACCCGGCCACAAUCAGCUAGACAAAUUAGAAGACGCAAACAAACGAAGAACAAUCAGCAGCCAGAAAGUGAC